AUGAGGGAAGUCAACUUUAGCAUCCCCAACGUCAACAAGGCGUCGGUGGGCAUCACCACCGCGCUAUACGACCGUCGUGCGCUCGACUGCACAUCGACACUCCCCCUUAUCAACUCGCUUAAUCAUCUCGCAUACCUCACCACCUCGUCCGCCCGCAUCAGGGACAUCCUCACUGUCGAUGGCGGCAUCGAGCGGUUAAUCUGCAUCCUCAAGCAGGGCAGGAGCAAAGACAUGAUGGACAUGUGGAAAUGGAACCUCGCCUUCCAGUGCGUUGUCAACAUAGGCGUCAGAGGCACCGAGGGUGUACGCACCAGGGUCGUCGAGGCCGACAUGGUUCCCGUCAUCGCCACCAUUCUCGACAACUACAUCCAGGUCGUCGAGAAGUGCCGCGAGAAGCAGGAGGAGGCCAAGAAGCAGCUCCAGGAGCACCACCACAGCCGCAACCGUGAGCACAGGAGCAAGGCGUCCAGCUUCACCAACAGGAGCGGUCGCGUUGACGUCGAUCACCGCUCGUUCAGGAGGCAGGCUCCUCCGCCAUCCAUCGACAUCGGUGCCCCAUUUGCAGGCCCUUCAUCGGCUGCCGAACAGAUCGCCCCUGACGGCGCCUCCAUCGCCGCCAUUUCGCAGCAGGUCACCACGCCUUCCGACCGAACCCAGUUUGCCAUUCACCCCCGUGGCAUCCAUCAUCGCCACCAUCACCACCGGGGCGGCGCCGAAGCCCACCCCGGCCUUCCAUCGCCCUCGCGACAGACCAUCCAGCCCCUCGCCGCUGCCAUUCAGCCCAUAAUGGAAGCUAACAUGGCCACCGACCGUUUUGUGAGGCCCGUCCGUGACAUCGACAGGCUUCCCUCAAUGAUGCCUUUUGCCCCCACAACCAUUUCGUCCCAACCCGCCUCUCCCACGACUCCUCUGCCUCCUCCGCAAAUCCGGUCGCCCACCGUGAGGCCGGUUUCAAUGCUUGUCCCUGCCGUUCGUUCCCGGCGGCGACCCUCCAUCCGUCACCAGAACUCCACGGCGACGGCGGACUCGGACGAAAUUUCUGCCGACGGCAUGCAGUCGGACGAGUCUCCCGAUGCCGAGAUGUCUGGCACCACGGAAAUGCAGACCGCUGUCAACAUUCAGGACAUCUCGAUGGAGGAAAACGACAGCAUUCUUGCCGGCGCGGCCAUCGAGCUCAACACCCCUACCGUUUCCGAGACGCAAGACGCCGACACUUUCAACAUCACACACCGCGGCCCGAUGGACGGCAGCAUUGCCAACAACACUGCUGUGACCCCGGUUCCCGUCAUCGGGCUAUCUCCGAACCGACCGGCCAUGGUGACGCCGCCCCAGCCGUCAACUCUGCAGACCAGCGUGCCUCGCUACCUGCUCGACCGCCAGGUCACGCCGAACCCGCAGAUGCUUGCCGCCAUGCCCAGGGAGGAGGAUGUUCUCAUGUCGCUACAAUUGUUGGCAUAUGUUUCCAAAUACUGCAACCUGCGCUCCUAUUUCCAAAAGAGCCAUCUGGUGCCGCGCCUGAAAAUUGGCAAGGAGAUCCAACUCCUCGAUGGCGACGACGCCGCCCUUGAUUCCCCCCUGGACGAGGAGCUUGAGGAGGAGUACCUGCUUCCCAACGACCUCAACAUCUUCCCGCUUGUCGAGAAGUUCACCGUCAGGUAUCACUCGACCGAUAUGCAGUACUGGGCCGGUGUCGUUAUGAGGAACCUCUGCCGCAAGGACGACACCCGCGGGGGCAUCCGCCAAUGCGCCUACUACCAGUGCGGCAAGUGGGAGGAGUUUACUCGGCAGUUCGCCAAGUGCCGCCGUUGUCGCCGCACCAAGUACUGCAGCAAGGAGUGCCAAAAGAGCGCUUGGGCCUUCCAUCGCCACUGGUGUGUUGCGGCUACGCAAUGA